AUGUCAAGCAGCAACGUGGAACUCCUGGGCGACAAUGUGGACUUCCUGGACUACGAACCCGAGGGCAAGGCUCCCACCGCAGAGCAGUUUCCAGCGGCGAGUGCAGAAGACGAGAGCCCCCCCAUGUCCAUGGUGUUCACCGUCGAUGAUUUGCUGGACAACAUCGCCACAGCAGAUCCGGCGGAAUUGGAGCGGGCCUACAACACCGGACGUGUCUCUCUGGAGGAUAUCGUAGAAGCGGCCCAUCUGUCGUCCGAUUCCCCCCUUUUCGUUCCUCCUUUCUCGCUCCCGCCGGAAGACAGAUUAAUCCUCUUGCCCCACGACGAGUUUAAGGCGUACCAACGCUUGAACGAGAUGUGGUGCGAUGGUCUUGCCGGGAAGAUAGCAGAGGCGGAGGCGCGAGAGCAGGCGAAGCGCGAGGACGCGGAGCGCUUGGCGGAACGGGAGGCUGCUCUGGCCGCUGCGGCGAGGAAGCAGGAGGAGGAGCGUGAGGCUGUUCGGGCUGCUGCGGCGAGGAAGCAGGAGGAGGAACGUGAGGCUGCUCUGGCUGCUGCGGCGAGGAAGCAGGAGGAGGAGCGUGCGGCUGUUCUGGCGGAGCGUGAGGCGUAUCUCCAAGCGGCUAGGGCGAAGCAGGGGGCGCUCCGAUCGCGGCUGAAGGAGCUGGAGCCCCGCCACCAGGACCCGUGAGCAGCCCCCCACCCCCGUCGCCGUGUUAUCGUCCCCCCCCCCACGCAAUCCCAGGUGCACCUUGGUUCCCAUCGUACCGCCUCGCCGCACGAGAAGGAGCGCGAGGUGGCGGCGUCUCCGACGAACGAGCAGGAGCGGAAGAGGACAGCGACUCCGGAGUUUUCGGUGACUUUGGGUCUUCCGGCUGGUGCUGAAGACGGGGCAUCGUUUGCGGCGGCAACCACGGUGUACGAGUUCCACGUGGGAGAUACAGCGUUCCUGUCCCGCCCGCUGGAGAUGCCUGCAGAAGGUGUCACCUUCCACGACGAAGAUAAAUUGGCAGCUCUUUUUGCAUGGGCUGGCAUCAAACAACUUGUCCGUGCACAAUUCCCCCCACCGCACACCGUUGCUUUCGGGCACAUCUACCACACACCGUACCUCGCGAAACUUCCGCCUUCUUCGCGGCAGUCCGUGUUCCAGCUGUUGUUCGCUCUCCGUCGUGCCACCUUUCAUGAAGGUCCUCAAGGAACGUCGGUGGUGACCCAGGAGGGAGGACUCCAGCUGCCUCUUGCUCGGGCUGCUUCGACCAACGACUUCAAGCACGAUCUACAA